CUGGGAUGUAUAGCGAGGUGAAAACCGAUGCCAUACGCAAAUAUGAUGACACCAAGAUGGAUGAGGAUGGAUACCCACAAACUGACUAUUCAGUUGCUGUGGAAUGGCAGAAGGGGAAAAAGCCAAAACAUGGCUGGCCAGUGUAUGCUGCCUCUAUCAAGUUUGUGAGCAACAAUCGAUUUCAAACUAAUGCAAAGAUUAAGGAAUUCUUGCGGUUGGACUCUGAUGAAAUGGACAGGCCACUGCCUAAGAAAAGGACCACAGUCCCACCAUCAAGAUAUACAGAUUCAGAUGAAACUGAUGCUGAGAACACACUGACACAAAAGAAGAAGACAGUGAUUCCCAAAUCACAGAGAAAUGUUGCCCAAAUGGUUAUUGAUGAGUAUCAAGCCCCAACCUUGACAGAAACUCAGAAGAGGCUAAAAGAAAUGGAGGAAGAAAACCAAAAAUUGAGAAAUGACAAUGAAAGAUUAAGAACAAUGCUCAUCAGAGAGCUUCCAAAUCUGAUCACUGAAGUGAAGAUGGCCCUAAAGUCUCAGUGUCCAUCAACGUCGUCAGCCAGCUCUGACUUGGAAGGUGGAAAAGGUUUCCCACUGAGUGUUACAGAGCCCUCCCCACCAAAAGCAGUAUCCACAGAACAGGUGGAAAUUUCUCCUGGAUCGAAUGUAUUUGUUGACAGACUGGCUUGGGCUGUGGCUCAGAAUGCAAACUCUGCCUCCAGUUUUGUAAGAACACUCCUGACGGCUGUGUUUCCAAUUGAUGUGCUCCUUGUCAGCAAUCUUCGAGGAACAUCUAGGGAUUCUGGGCCACAACGCCAGGCUCUUGACAAAAUAAAAGUGGAUGCCAUCUACAGAGCAACGUUGCAAAAGUGGCCUCAUGUGGUGCCCUCCAGCAUUGGUGCAGCCAUCAAUGCCAAACUUACUAAAAUUAGAGGGAAAAAGAAAACUAAAAAAGAUUCUGAAACCGUAAUGCUCUAUGAUGACUAAUGGCCAUGACAGUGUGUUUGGGGUGUUCAGUUGUUAAAUGUUUGUUCUGUUUUUCCUGAGCAAGGAGUUCAGUUCAUAAGUUAUCAUAUAAAUUAAAUUACUUAUGUGGAGUAUAAUUUGAUUGUGUCACUUUAUUUGUGUUAAAAAUAAAAAAGUAUUUCCAUCGCAAAUUUGUUCCAAGUCAUUGACUAAAAUCAUAUAUGAUCAGUAUAUUGUAAAACUGACUGAAAUCAUCUGUAAUGCUUAUAUGUAGAUAUAUAGUAAUAUUAGUGCUGUAAUAUGAGGAAUUAGGUGAAAACUUAUAAAGCUCGAAGAGCAGGCACAUACAUUUUCCUAAUCAAAACCUAUAAAAUGUUUA